AGUGGUUUUGCCGGGAUGCCGGUUAAUUCAGUCAGUCUCACGCAGCAGCUGGAAACAGAUGGAGUACCGCUGAUUCUACAGCUGCCACGGAAACGGAAAAAAUAGCAUUUUCUGAUGAAUCCAAAGAAAUUGCUAACAGAUUGUCUUCCUCAGGCAUUGAAAUGGAACGUUUAUGUGUAAUUCUUAUGCUUAUAAGUAAAACUUUAAUAGUCAAGGCGCAAUUCAAUGGAUUCAACUGUGAUGCCAACUUCCACAGCCGCUUUCCUGCUGAGCGGGACAUCAGUGUAUAUUGUGGAGUGCAGACCAUAACGUUGAAGAUAAAUUUUUGCCCAGUGCUUUUCUCCGGCUACACCGACACUGACUUGGCACUCAAUGGUCGUCACGGAGAUGCUCACUGCCGAGGGUUCAUUAACAACAACACAUUUCCAACAGUCGUGCUGUUCAGCAUCAGUCUCAGCACACUGGAGGCCUGUGGCAAUUCACUAGUGGUUUCCACAGCUCAGGGACCCAAUGCUUAUGGGAAUCUCUCCCUGGUCCAGAUUGGUAACAUAGCAGGAUACAUUGACACUCCGGAUCCCCCAACGGUCAUCAGCUACCUGCCUGGACUGCUUUACAAAUUUAGCUGUAGUUACCCACUGGAGUACCUGGUCAACAACUCACAGCUUGCUUCGUCAGCUGCAGCGAUAUCAGUGAAGGACAGCAAUGGUACUUUUGUUAGCACGUUGAACUUACUCCUGUACAAUGACUCCACAUACAUCCAACACUUGGCGAUCCCCAUGGCAGGACUCACUCUGAAGACACGGGUGUUUGCUGCCGUAAAAGCCACUAACCUAGACAGGAGGUGGAAUGUUCUGAUGGACUACUGUUACACGACUCCCUCUGGGAAUCCUAAUGAUCAGCUCCGAUAUGACCUUUUCUUUGGAUGUGAUAAGGACCCGCAGACGACAGUGUUUGAGAACGGGAAGAGCCAGAUGGGCCGCUUCUCCUUCGAGGUGUUCCGCUUUGUCAAGCAUAAGAACCAGAAAAUGUCUACUGUCUUUCUGCACUGUGUGACCAAACUGUGUCGUGCUGACGAUUGUCCAAUGCUCUUGCCUAUUUGUGGUAAGAGGAAGAAAAGGGACGUGUCGGAAAGAACCGGUGCAGCUUCUGACAAUGCAGUCAUAACUGCUGGACCCAUCAUCACCAGGAGUGAUGAAACUCCCACCAAUAAUUCCCAGCUAGCACAGUUAAACGGCCCUCCAUUCAAAAUUAAUUCAGUGAUGAGUGCUCUGAUUUCUGCCAUCACAAUCCUCGCCAUUAUGAGCAUGUGUUUCUUCAUCCUGUCUCUGACACUGCUGAGGAGGAAACGGACACCAGCAACAUCUCUUUCCGGAGCCCACAACCAAGCUUUCAGCUAAAAACACACACACACACACACACACACACACACACACACACACACACACACACACACAGCAGUUCACUCAGAUACAAAGCAAUACAGAAUUUGUGCAGAGGUCUUCAUUUACACACAAUCAUGUAACACAGGGAAAUAACAGGUCUAUAGCAGGGCAUCAGGUGCAGCACACCCAAGGGCAACUAAGCAGACAAUACAGUGAUAUUAUUUCGUGAUAAUAGCUUUAGCUAAAUAAAUGUUUCAUGGACAAUUUCAGGCAUUUUCCAUUGAUUUCCUUUAAGUAGAUUUUUGAUAUAUACUUUAUCCAAGUUAUGGAGCUUGUACUAUCUUAAGCUACACCAAAUUGCCUAUUUUUGGUUACACGUCAUUAACACAACUUUAUUUCAAACAGCCACCUCUGACUAAGCUGUUACAACACUACACAACAGCACCCCAAUUUGUUUCUGUCUAAAAUCAAGUUAAAAUUGAAAGUGAUCCUAGUUACUCUAUGUAAUGCAUACUUAAAUAGAGAAUAAAGCUGAAUGAUUUUUUGUUAUCACGCUAUUUAAUUGCACUUGUAAAUGAUCUGAUCAAAAGACCAGAGAGCUGUUUUAUACAUGUAUUUAAUUUGAAAUGUCAAUUGAUCCAGAACUUUGGGUGCCUUUUAACUUAAAAUUAAUACCUCAGCCCUUCGCUGUAUUAUUGUAGUGUUUAAGAUCAGUUACAUGAAGAACAUAAGCAGAGAUAUCUAAUAGACAAGCCUAACACAUAUUUCUAGUUCAGUGAGAAUAUUAGAGGCUACAAGAUGGAAUGUGAGGAGUCUAUUCAUCAUGAGCACAAAGAAUCACGGGUCACCAGAGAUUCAGAAUGCAGUACUCUCUGUAAUAACUAGUUUGAGUUACAAGAGCUGAGAGAGACCAUAGGGAAUUAAUUUAACUAAUUCGAACGGUACCCUUGAUCAGUAUGCUAUUUGAUUGUGCUGGAUGGCAAUUUAAGAUAUUUUUAGAUUUAGUUAAUUGAAUUUGUUGUUACUCAUUAGAAUUCAUAUGUCUUUGUGAUACCCAUUGAACAGUAAUGAGUAUUAACAGUAUCACAUACUCUUAUAUUAAGUUUUAGAUAUUCUUUUUGUUUGAAAGCAAGACAAUUAAUUAUACUUUAAC